GUUUGUCUUUUUCCAAUGGCUCAGCGGAAAGGGUCAGAAUGAUAGAUUGUCUUGAUUUGAAUACAAGCACAAAUAUUGAAGAAACAGCACGAGAUCUGUGUUCAACCGAACGCCUUCUAGAUGAUGAAUAUCGGCCAGAGAUUUUAAGUUCAUUGCGAAAAUUGCAGAAAAAAUUACGUGUUCCAGUGAAGAAUAAAUUUUAUCACUUCAAAUCACUUAAAUCAAAUAUAUUACCAAUAACAAAUGUUUCAUUCAGUAGGGAAGGAAACAGCUGUGUUACAGGUUCAUAUGACAGAACUGCGCGUAUUUGGGACGUGGAAAUCGGAAAAGAAUUGUUUGUACUCAAUGGACAUCAAAAUGCCGUGUUUGCAGUUCAAUAUAAUUAUCCAAUUUGUGAUAAGAUUUUGACUGCUUCAUUUGAUAAAACCACCAAACUAUGGUCGGCCUUAAAUGGUUUGUGCAUGCGAACAUUUUAUGGACAUACUGCCGAAGUAGUUACAUCGGAGUUUAAUCAGUCAUCGACAUUGAUGGUAUCAGGAUCGAUGGACACAACAGCAAGAGUUUACGAUGUGGAAACCGGCAUCGAAAUGCAUUCCGCUAAUCAUGAUGGGGAAGUCAUUGUAGCACAUUUUCAUAAAAAUGAAAAUAUUGUGUUGACAGGAUCAUUUGAUGCAAAUGCCUAUCUGUGGGACUUGAGAACGAAAGACGUGGCAAUGCGACUUGCCGGCCAUACAGCGGAGCUCAGUAAUUGUUUAUGGAACUAUGAUCACACAAUGAUAGCGACUAGUUCAAUAGAUUUCACUGCCCGUCUUUGGGAUAUACGAGAUGUACGGUCAUGCCAUAUAAUUGACGGUCACAGUGAUGAAGUGCUCGACAUUUGUUUCAACUAUACGGGUAAAAUGUUGGCAACGUGCAGCAAUGAUUGUACUUGUAAAAUAUGGAGCACAGAAAAUGAUUUUCAACUGAUUUCAACAAUGUUAGGACAUACUGAUGAAAUUUCACGGGUAAGAUUUAAUCCAGUUGGAAAUUUAGUUCUUACAGCAUCAGCUGACAAAACUGCCCGUAUAUGGUUUACUGAGACUGGCGUAUGCUCACAAGUCUUGAGUGGUCAUACAGAUGAAGUAAUUUCAUGUGAAUUCAGUUAUCCAGGAAAUGCCAUUCUAACGGCAUCAAAGGAUAAUUCAUGUAAAAUUUGGAGAUGA